AUGAGGUCUCUUCGUGACUUCUGCAACCACAGAAUCAUGAAGCUUAACUUCCUCUCUAGUUCUCUCUUCUUGUUUCUCCUACUCUCAGUAUUUUCCAGUUUCAUCUCAGAUAAUGUAUUCAUCAAAUCUGAAACUUUGGUUAGUGGAAGAAACCUGCUUCAGAAGAAGAAAGCAUGUCCAGUGAAGUUUGAGUUUCUGAACUACACAAUCAUAACAAGCCAAUGCAAGGGUCCCAAAUACCCACCCAAGAAAUGUUGCGCCGCAUUCAAGGAAUUUGCGUGUCCUUACGCUGAUGAGCUGAAUGACUUAAGCAAUGAUUGUGCUACCACUAUGUUCAGCUACAUCAACCUCUACGGUAAAUACCCGCCCGGACUGUUUGCAAACCAAUGCAAAGAAAAAGGAGGUCUCAAGUGCCCGGGUCAAAAAUGAAGUCAUACUCUAGUUAAACCGGGUGGUCCUCGCCUUCUUAUCAGCAACUUUACCAACUAUCUACAAUCACAAUACUAUGUCACUUGCAUCAAUUAAUAAUAUGGUCUUAGCCUUCAUAUAAUAAUAUGUAUCUUAUAGCCUGAUCGGAUGAAUAUCAAGAAGCUACAUAAAUAAUGAAAGUUCUCCUAAUGUCUCAGCUCUACAAAAAAAAAAAAAACUCCCAAAGGAAAACUAUCAAGCCUCUUUUGCACCUGCAAGGGGAGAAGUCCUAUGUCUCACUACAACUUGAUCAGUGAUGUCCCUAUUCUGUCAAUGCGUGUCUUUAGGAGUGAGCCAGUGGGACGCGGGAGUCACAGUCUAAAUAGAAGCCUUCCGUUGGCUUACUCCCUAAAUAAAAUAGAUAAUCUAAAUAGACACGGCAAGACACGGCAUGACAAUCUUAAUAGACUAGUUUUGUGGAUAGUUACUAAUCGGAUCAGUAUAUAUUAGGUUAGGAUAAUGUGGGCUUGAUUUGUAAAAUGUAAACGGUUGAGAUUGGGUUUUCUAAGCUUUCACCAACGGGAUUUUCCUUAAUGGAAGUUUGGUUGAGAACAAAAAAAAACUUCCAUAAUCUAUUAAUCAGCCUAUUUUGUUUUGUUGUAAUUUAUUAAUGGAGACAAAAAAAUAAUUAACUAUCUAACCAAAAACAAAUCCUUCAUUAUUU